AAGACCAACAAGAGCAUGAAUGUGUGUUUCUCAGAGCUACAAUCUGGUAAACCAAGAACUAAAACGUUUUAUAUCCUGGUCUAGUUUCAGUAAUGAUAAAGAUCUCGCUUGCACACAAAUAUUCCACUGUGUGUAGGUGGUGGAGAGGGAGAAGGGAAAUGGAGAGAAGUGGCCUGCUCACCUGGCUGGAGUGGCUCAUUUACUCCUGCGCUAUUAUUCAUGGAGGGGCACUGAGGGCCGCGCCGUAGCAUCACACAGUUCCUCGCACAUCAAUGGAAAAACAGCCACAUCAGAGGGGCCAUCUCUGUGACUUAGUUUUACAUUUCUCUUUGGAAAGUUUGUCCAAAAAAAGGAUUUGGUAGGUUUUUAAAAAAAAUCAUUUGCAGCCAAACACAUUUACCAAUAAUUAAUUAUGCUAAUCCAGAAGACCACUUCAGCUCAUCUGACAACAUAUUGUGUUGCAUCAAGUGUAUUUUUCUCACUAACAAAGUCAAAGUUCCUCUUUAUAUGAUUUUUUUUUGAAAAGACAUCUACGUAAGUUAAAAGCUUCAUUGCAGUAUUUUCUUUUUUAGAAUUACCAUAAACGCAUAAAAGUUAAUGUAUGCCAGCUAAGCUUUGUAAUAUAGAGUACCUGAAUUCAUGCAUUGAAAGAUAAAACCGAGACAAACACACAGUGUUUUGUAUAUAAUAAUGUAAAUAGAAACGCAGGACUGCUCUGCCUCUGUAAUGUGACCUCUAAUGUGGUGGGAUUUGUGGCAGUUGUCCACAUGUCUUCCAUCUUGGAGCUGUUGGUAAAUGCUUUGGCCCAGCAUCUCAGAGCCCCUCCCUUGCCACUUAUUGUGUGUGAUUUAUAGGCAGCUAGAGGUCUGUGGUACUUUAUUGGGAUCUUUUUCUUCUUUUCUCUCUUUCCUCUUUGGUCUUUUUUGCUCUUUCUCUCUAACAUUGUUUUUGCAUUGCAUGUGUUAACUUGGUAGCAUUCAGUGCUAUUUCCUCUCAACACUGUCCUAAUCGAUACUGCAGUUUUCCCCCCUUUCAAAGCCAUUCCUCCCAUGUCUCCUGCUCCCUCCAACCCACCCUUCUCCCGUUCCUUCCCCUUACCUGACCUUCUCUCAGAGUGAUAUGCAGCGGGCAGCCUCAGAGCCACAGAAAGCACUCACACGCAACAUAAAUCAAAUAAACAUGUGGCCACAGGGAGUUAAAUAUCUUCAUAACAUGUUGUUUUGUAACGGAGGCUGAGCAGAACCUGGUCACAUGAAGUACAGCAGCAAAAAGGGUCAUUUUAGCUGUUAACACCUGCAUUGACACAGUUGUUUGUCCCUUCAUCCAAUAGUUAAAGAACACAUGGGAAAGGUCAUACUCAACAACAUGCUAGUGCUGGGUGGUAUACUGGUUCAUACUGAAAACCUGUAUUCAGUAUUUUAUACUUUUUAUGAUGUGGAUUUUGAAUGUAUGAAUAUGAAAAAUGUUUGAGGGGGGACCCUUUUCACUGCAGCACCACAGAAAUUAGCAAUUUCAAGCAAGAAUACAUAGGUGAUAUACUUGCUCAUGCGUACUGUUAUAUAGUGUGAAACCGUUGCAAUUUUUAAAAUUCAGUGAUGUAAAUUUUUGGUCAUACCACCCAGCACUACUUUUUGUACUUUUUUAGUGAAACCCCAAUUCUUUGAUUAUCUGCCAUACAAGGGUUCAAGGUCAUUAUUUAGGCUGUUCAAACAAAAAUGAUAAACACACCAAUAACAUCUUAAAGCCUUCAUCUGUACAUCAGUCUGACCCCAUGUAAAGGUAGUGGAAGAACUAGCGUUGAGUGCAAACAGAAAUGGGACACCCCUUUACUUAACCUCGCUAAGCUUUUGCUUGGUGAAUUGUUCUUCAGAUUUAUGAGGUAAGUAUGCAUUUUUAAGUUUUUAUUAAAACUGACUCGCAUAUCUCUGUCUCAUUUUCCCCAUCACUUGUAAUUUGUUAAUCCCUCCACUUCAAGUCUGACACGUUUUCUGUCACCACGCUUUGCCGUAGCUGAGAAAGCAGAAACCAGGGAGCUGCAUGAGUUUAGGAGGAGCAGCAGACAGAGCUGCUUCACCACCAGCUCAUGCCAGAAGACAUUCCUCAGGGACAUGUGAAAGGAUGAUGAGUAACUACAGCAGCCCACUUCUUACAAGACCGAUCCCUAAGGAGUCUGUCUAUAUUUGUUAUUGAAAGAAAAAAAAUCCUACAUCUCUUAGUGUAGACAACCAGAAGAUAUUCAUAGUCAGGUUAGGUUUUGUAAUUUAAACCCCUUCCUUUUUAACAAUAUGAAACAAAGAAAUAUAUUGUAUUUACACACAAACACAAAAAUGAAUAUGAUUUCUAAAUACUCUGAGGUCUCUUGGUGGGGUCCACUGCAUAUCCCUUCCUCUAUCUAUAUGUUUUGCCAUGCACUGCGCCAAUGAUGGCACAAUGCACACUUUUACAAAACAACCCUCUCGUAGAUCUUUUGUUCGGAUAACAUUUCCUACUUUUUUUUCUUUCUCUUGUAUUAACACUCCAUUGGUGGAUUUAUUGACAUGCCUCCUUUUCUGUUUGUAUACAGUAUUAUGUUUGUUUAAAAGCAGAGAGAUUUGCAUUUUUUAAGAUCUAGAGAAGCUAGCAGAAUUGCAGUUGAAAGCGUUUGGCCGGUUUCUUACGUUGUGUCACGUGUGACUGUUUUUUUGACAGCCCAGUAUUUUAAAGCCAGGAUAACAUCGGGCACCGACUGCUUCAGAAACAUGGCUGGAAGCUCGGACAAGGCCUUGGCAAAACCAUGCAGGGACGCACCGACCCUGUGCCCAUUAUCCUCAAAUAUGAUGUCAUGGGAAUGGGCCGGAUGGAAAUGGAGCUUGACUAUGCAGAGGAUGCCACAGAGAAGAGAAGGGUGCUCGAAGUGGAGAAAGAGGAUACAGAGGAACUGCGGCAAAAAUACAAGGACCAGGUGGAAAAGGAGAAAGCCAUUGCAAAGGCUCUGGAAGACCUGAGAGCCAAUUUCUACUGUGAGCUAUGUGACAAACAGUACACCAAGCACCAGGAAUUUGACAACCACAUUAACUCCUAUGACCACGCUCACAAACAGAGGCUCAAAGAGCUGAAGCAGAGAGAGUUUGCUCGUAAUGUGUCGUCGCGUUCCAGGAAAGGCGGAAAGAAGCAGGAAAAGAUGCUGCGCAGACUGCACGAGCUGGCAGAGCAGAGGAAACAUCAGGACUGUACUCCAGGGAGUGGGCCCAUGUUCAAAACUACCACAGUUGCUGUUGAUGGAGAGAAGGCAGAAGAUGGUGACAUCAUGACACCUGAGAACCCUGUCUUGCCGAUGGUGGCAGAGAGUACCCUGGAAGGACCAAUCACGGACAAAGCUGGGCAAGCCUCCCCGAAACUUACUUCUGCCAUCAGCUUCUCUUUGGGAAAGAACAGCUCCUCAUCUCCAACCCCGAGUGGCGCAUCCAAAGUCAGCGUGUCCUUCUCAUUUGCCAAGAAAGCCCCGGUAAAGCUAGAGACAGCAGCUGCAGUGUUUGCUGAUCACGGUGAGGAGGCUGUGGAAGAAGAGGAGAGCCAGGAGGGGGAAAAGGCUGGAAGUCAAGAGGAGGCAUCUGUCUGUGGAACAGAGAGUCCCAAGGGAGCAUCAGAAGGAGGUGAAGGAGGGGAGGUUGUUAUUGUGGCAGGGACAGAAGAGGUGCAGCAGCCUGAUGAUGGAGGCUCUCUGGCCUCCACCCUCAACAAACUUAAGAUGAUGAUGAAAAAGGAGGAAGGAUAUGCUGGACAGGAGCCUCAGUAUUAUCACUAUAUACCUCCAGCUCACUGCCGGGUAAAACCUCACUUCCAGUUUUUGCUGUUCAUGAAGGCCUCUGACCAGUGUCCGAGCAAAGAGGAGGAAGACGAGGAAGAGGAAGGUAUGGAGGAGAAAAAGGUUGAAGAUAACCCUGAAGAGGCAGAAGCCACUGUCACUGAUUGUAAUACUGAACAAGAACAAGAACAAGAACAAGACAACACCUCUUCAACCCCUAAGUCUGAGCCAACUCCUCCAUCACCUAAAGUGACGGAAGAGGUCUCCUCAUGUGCAGCAGACCCAGCUUCCACAGAACCCUCUCCACCUGCACAAAAAGCAGAGACCACACAGGAAACUGUGGAUUCUAACUUAGGCCCGAAAAUCCCCACUGGUCCCUUCUUCCCAGUUCUUAGCAAAGAUGAGAGCACUACCUUGCAGUGGCCCUCCGAGCUUCUUGAAUUCACAAAAGCUCAGCCUUCUUUGUCUUACAGCUGCAAUCCCCUCUACUUUGACUUCAAGCUGUCCCGCAACAAAGGAGUGCGUGGCGGGAAAACCACAAAGUCCCCCAAGCCCGAGGAAUCUGAUGGCAAGGGACAAGAAGUACCGAUUUCAACAGCCGAAGUAGACGCUACUACGAAACCCAGGACCAGCACGGACAAAGAUAAGCCGAUGAUAAAGGGAGAAACUGGGCAAUUGGGAGGUGAUGAUUCAAAGCCUGCAACUGGCAGCAGUAGUGCAAAGAAAAAAAAGAAAAAGAAGAAGCACAAGAAGUCUGCCAAGCACUCAAAACGUAAAGACAAAGAAAAGGGAGCAACAGAAGAUGCAGAAGGAGAGACAGAGGUAUCGCAAGAAAAGCCCAAAAAGAAGAAAAAACACAAACGGAAGAAGAGUAAAAACAAAGCUCCUGAUCAUGAAGAGGCAACAGGUGAUGACAAAGCAAAACCAAAGUCUGACGACAAAGCCAUUUCAUCCUCUGUCCAAGUGACGACAGGAGGCGGAGGAGCGGCUGGAAAUACAGGUACAGAACCGGGAAAGAGGAAACGAGCUAAUAAAGAAGUGCCUUGUAAAUCCGGAGCAGAGGAAGGAGGAAUCAAAAAAAGUAGUGAGAAGACCAACACAGAUGAGCAUAGUGGCACCAAGCGACAAAAGACAGAGUCGAGUGCAUCUCAAAGUGCCUCCUGCUCCACCUCAGCCCAGAAGAGUCCUGGUCCCGGCAGACCUCCCAGCAGUGAGAGUGAGGAAGAAGGAGGCUCCAACACGCAACGCUCACGCCAUCACAGGUCAAGUCCCCGGGAUCAACGCCGCCACCAUAGUGAGGAAUCACGGCGGUCCUGCAGUCGUUCAUCAAGGCGAGGGGAAAGACGGGGCAGCAGUCGUCGGCGCCAUCGUGGCCAAACCUCCCGUAGUCACUCUUACUCCAGCAGCUCUGAACGCUCCUCAGCGGGCAGCAGUGCCUACAGCCACCGUAGCCGCAGCUACUCUGACAGCUACAGUGACUACAGCACAGAGGGUCGCAGGCGGCGGCGCUCCAAACGUUCAUCAGACUCCGAAUAUGAGCGGCGGGGAAGCCGGGGACGAAGACGAUCGAGGCGACACCAGUACUCUUCUUCAUCCUCAGACGACUCCCGCUCACGUUCACGCAGCUACAGCCGCAGAAAAAGGCACAGGCGGCACCACCGGAGCAGCUCGAGAAGCUCCAGCAGCUGGAGCCGCAGCACCAGCGCAAGAUCCUGGAGGCGUAGCUACAGCCGAAGCCGCAGCUCUGCCAGCCGCUCCUCCAGUUCAGCCAAAGGCUCGCCUCAGAGACGAGGCGCCAGAGGUCGAGGCGACAGCGACACUAAUCGCAGAGAUUUCAUCCGCUCACGGAUCUACCGCUCCCAGUCUCCACGAUCAUCGACAUCUCGAGGCCUUAACCGCAACAGCCAUUCAUCCAGCUCGCAGGGUCUGAGGCCAAGUGGGACCAGGGGAGAUGCAGGGGAACAUAAAAACACCCUUACUGCACGCCAACUUCUCGAGAAGGUUCAGUCUAAAAAGAGUUCUGAUGAUUCUGCCACUGGAACAAAGUCUGGUAUUAAGAUCAAAGACCCACCACAGGGUUUCUUUGGUCCCAAACUACCCCCGACCCUGGGAAGUAAAGCCAUGCUUCCACUUUUUGGUAAGCUGCAGGCAGGGAAGAAACCGUUGAUUCCCUUAACCAGGCCAGAUGAAGGUGACAAAUCAGGUGCAGGGAAAGAUUCUGAAGCUGACAGAGAGGUCAUCUUGGUAGAACCUAUUAGAGAGUUCCCUCCUCCACCACCACCUCCAGCUCCACCUGUCCAAAAGGUUGAGGAAGCCCCUCAGACCACAGUUGUACAAGAAGAGAUGCAGCACCCUACUACAGAAGCCCAAGUGCAGCAAGAACCCCGUCCACUGUUUGAACAGGACCCCACCAUGAUGAUGCCUCAGUACCAAGGAGAGCCAGGACAGGAACCCCCGCAGAACCCUAUGAUGGAGUCCCUCAUGCCAGAAAUGCAGCAACAGCAGCAGCCUCAAAUGCAUGCCUACCCCGCUUAUCCUCCGCCCAACCUGGAGGAGGAUGGCAUGGAGGCAGAGGAGGAUGGACUGGCUCCGCUGGAGAGUCAGCCCAUUACAUUCACACCUGAGGAGAUGGAGAAAUACAGCAAGCUGCAGCAGGCCGCACAGCAGCACAUCCAGCAGCAGCUUUUAGCCAAGCAAGUCAAGACGUUUCCCUCCGCUGCUGCCGCUGCAGCGGCCGCGGCCGCAGCGGCCGCCAACCUGGCCCCGGCUCCGCCCCCGCCAGCUCUGCAGCAGAUCCACAUCCAACAGCCAACUGUGUCCAUGGCCUCCGGCACAUCAAUCACCACAGUGCAACAUGCUAUCCUGCAGCACCAUGCUGCUGCCAUGGGCAUACACCCAGCACACCCCCAUCACCCACACCCCGCACACGCUCAGUUGGCCCAGGUUCACCAUAUUCCCCAGCACCACCUGACCCCCAUCUCCCUGUCUCCUCUAGGCCACAGCCUUGGUCCCUCUCUGGGACACUCACUGGGUCACGCCGGACUGAUUCCUGCCCACCCGACAGCCUUCCUCUCUGGCCAGCCUAUACAUAUUAUCCCAGCCUCCGCACUUCACCACACACCUUUAGCUCUUCACCACGUCCCACAUACCGCCCUCUACCCCACGCUGUUCACACCCCGGCCCUCGCAGGCCGCCGCAGCUGCGGCACUCCAGCUCCACCCACUCCUACACCCAAUCUUUUCAGGGCAGGACCUCCAGCACCCACCUAAUCAUGGCUCAUGACUGUUGAGAAGAAAUGCAAGUUUAAAUCGCAGAUUUCGUUGAAAAGACUUUAACCCAAACUUUUCGGUUUGGUCUUUUUAGAUAAAGUCUUGACAGGAAGCUCAUCAAACCACCAUUUUUUCCUAAUGGCCUACACAGCGCAGUGAAGUUGUAGCCACAAAGUGGUGCCGCCUGUGUUGGCUUUAUAAGCGACACAAAGACUUUUUUUUCCCUUCAUGGUUUUUCCUGCAUUUUUAAGGCAGGACGUCAGUUUAAAGUCACUGGUUUAUAUUCCCUCUCAGGGGCGGGGGAUAUUAACAAGAACCCAGGUUUUUUGUUGACAAAUCAGAGAAACCACUGGAGCUUUGUUUUUGUUGGUGUUCCACGUUAAAAUAUUAUCAGUUUUUGCUUACUUCGGUAGCCAAAGAGACGUUUGACGGCUGAUGCUGAAAGCCAAAUCCUGUCAGAGGAGGAGGAGGAGGAGGUGUUGUUACUAGAGUCAAACAGCUUCAACUAAUGUUAACGUCACACAUACUAUUUCAUAUUUACUGAUGUUUCUUUGUGUUCUCACAUGACUACUCGCUUUCUGUUGGAUCCCUCUCUUCCUAAGCUAAUUUUUACUGCAGUGUCUUGUACAUAUAUCAGUGUGUAAUGUGAAGAAUCCCACCCAGUGAUAAUCAUAUGUAAUUACAGCCACGUCCCAAUCAACACGACAUCGUCACUUACGAACCCCCCCCCGGCUCCUAAAGCCAAGGGGAAAUGUGAUGUAGGGGGUGUUAAAGUCCCCCCGAUGCUCAGAGGCAAAGCUCCCGCUCUCUGUGGUGAGGGUACACCUGAAUGAAUUGCACUGAAAUCUGUACAUCAAGAUGGUGCUUUUGCACCAUGUAACAAUAAGAUUGUGGUAUACUGCAAUAACUGUAUUUUUUUUCUUCUGUUUUUAAAUUAUUUUCCAAAAUGCCCUUCAGGAGAAGGGUUGUUUGUUUUUGUUUGUUUGUUUGUUUUUCUUUUGUGUAAUUUUGUAAAUAAAACUGCUGUAGAUUAACCUAUUAACGUUGUAGAAGGUUGACACUGUUGUUGGGGGGGAAACAGAAAAAGAAGUUUGAUGGAGGGGAAGAUCUAUGAAAAAAAAAAAGAAAAGAAAAAGACGCCCAUGUAUUUUACUGAGGACUAUUUCUAAGCCGACCCUGGCUGAGAUGGAGAAGGAUUAGUGCACAGAAGCGACUCUGUAUUUUUUAAAGAUCUAACUCUGUUUCAGCAAAUAAAAUCUUGAGUUCAAUUGUC